AUGUCGGCUGAGUUUGAUUCAAAAGCUUUGAUUUUGUCUCUGAUUAACAACAUCUCCUGUCUGAUUUCAUCACCAUCUUGUUUGAAACCUGGUCUGGCUGCUGCUUCUUUAAACGCUUUUGACUUCUGCGUUAAGCAGAGGCUUGUUCUCGAGAGUCCUUCUCUCUCCAUGCGCUUAAGACCCAAAAGGACUUGUUCUGGCGUUGAAGUGUUUGGUGGUUUUCACAUAAAGCAGCAAAAGUUUUCUUUUUUCAUAGUGCGCUGA